AUGGCCUUGGACAGCCCUUCCUACCUCAUCAUCGGCGCCGGCGUCUUUGGCGUAUCAACCGCCUAUCACCUCAUUCAGAGAUAUCCCAAUGCAUCGGUGACACUAGUUGACCGGGAUGCAUAUGACGCCGAGUCCCGUGUAGCCGCAUCAUGGGACUGGAAUAAGGUCGUGCGAGCCGACUACGACGACAAAGUCUACUGCCGACUCGCGCUCGAAGCCCAAGAUAUCUUCAAGUCCGAUCCGCUCUGGCAGCCGUAUUUCCACCAGACCGGCGUCUACUGGACGUGUCGCAGCAGCUAUGCCCAAAACGUCAUUGCGCACCAUAAAGAGCUUGGUCGCGACGACGAUAUCAUUGCCUUGCCUGUGGCUGAGGCUCGGAAGCUGUACGGUGGUAUCUUUGAUAACGCCGAUUACACGGGUGUCAAGGAGGUUCUGAUUAACCGCGCUAGUGGUUGGGCUGCGGCGGGUGAUGCGCUCCGGGCUGUCACGAAACGGUGUUUGGAAUUGGGAGUGAAGUAUAUCACGGCUGAGGUUGCUGCGUUGCAAUUUGACGGUCGUGGUUCGUGUACCGGGGUGAAGACGAAGUCCGGACAGGUCUUGUCUGCGACACGAACUAUCGUUGCGGCGGGGGCUUUUACACCGACUUUACUGGAGUGGAGUGCAGCGACGAGUGGGAAUCCGGGCUUGCGAGCUGGAGAACGCAUUUUGGCUGCUGGUAUCACGACGGGGAUGGCCCAGCUUAAUGAGGAGCAGUACAAGAAGUAUAAGGAUAUGCCGGUGGGUUUCCAGGGCUAUACGCCUGAUGAGGGCAAACCGUUUAUCGGUACCCUUCCCCCGACCAAGGAUGGAGAGCUGAAGUGGUGGGGCUCAAAGAUUUUCACCAACACGCGCGAGGUGGUCCCUGGGCGUCAUAUCUCUUCUCCCCCGCCUACAUUCGACUACAACCAGUGGAAGGUUCCUGGGCCACUGAAGCAGGACAUUGUCGAAUCCCGGAAUCUAUGGUAUGGUCCAGCGAGUGCGGAUUGGAAUAUGACGAAACACCGAAUUUGCUGGGAUGCGUUCACAACCACCUCCGACUUUAUCAUCUCCCCUCACUCGGCCUCAAAGGGUCUCUAUAUCGCUACGUGCGGUUCAUUCCACGGCUACAAGUUCUUCCCGGUGCUGGGCAAAUAUGUGGUGCAGAUGAUGGAGGGCGAGUUAGCCACCGAUUUGGAGGAAAAGUGGGCUUGGGAUCGACAGCGUCCCGAUUCCUCUGAGAACGUGGAGUAUCCGAAUGCGGAGAUGAAGCAUCUUCUGCAGCCUGCAUCAAAGCUAUAG